GUGUAAAUUAAGAACAGAUUCAGAUUUCUUUUUUAAGAAAAGAUUUUGUUUUUAUGCGUUUUAUGGUCAUUUUUAUGCGUCUGUGCUUUGCGCGCGUAAAAGUGUCCAGGUUAAACAUCUUUUUUUUUAAAAAAUUCAGUAACAUUCCAAUCGCUUUUAUAAGCGAGGCAAAAGUCGACAUAUUUCGCGUUAAUAUGUAUUACAUGGCCAUCGGCCUAGAUACACUGCGAUUUAUUUCCAGAUGAUGAAAACGGGGGGAAGAUAUGUUCUUAAAAUGGCAGAGAUGGAUUUAAAAACAGCAACAUCAGCGAUGGAAGCAUUGGUUCGCGCCACCCAGUCUAACAUGAAGAGCCUGGAGCACGAGUUGCACUGCCCCGUGUGUAAGGAAGUAGUCAAACAGCCCGUGGUCCUGCCAUGCCUGCACAGCGUCUGUCUCUUGUGUGCCUCCGAGGUCUUGGUAGCAAAUGGCUACCCGCCUCCAGAGCUUCCACCGGAACCCAACUCGCCAGCCUCCACACCUAACACCCGGUCACCUCGUCAGGCACGCAAGCCUACACCUAAAAAUGAGCAACGGCCCAUUGACCGCGUGCUGCGAUCAGGUCCUCACCCGCCUUCGCCAUCCAUACCACGAUCUCCUGGAUAUGGGACAUACCCAGGGCGACGCCGUAAGGAGGGUCCACCCUUGGUGAUGAUGUUCCCCUGUAUCCCCUGUGGCAGAGAUGUUGAGCUGGGAGAGAAAGGCCUAACUGACUGUUUGCGUAACCUCACCUUGGAGCGUAUAGUGGAGAGGUACAGACACACAGUGAGUCUGGGCAGUGUGGCUGUGAUGUGCCAGUUUUGUAAGCCUCCUCAAACUCUGGAAGCCACCAAGGGCUGUGCUGACUGCAGGUCCAAUUUCUGCAAUGAGUGUUUCAAACUCUAUCACCCAUGGGGAACGCCACGCGCACAGCAUGAGCACAUCCAGCCUACACUCAACUUCAGACCAAAGGUAUUGACUUGUCCGGAGCACGACCAGGAGAAGCUGCAGUUCUAUUGUCGGUCCUGUCAGCGGCUGCUCUGUCCCCUCUGCAAACUGCGCCGCAUUCACACUGGACACAAAAUCCUCCCAGUGGCCCAGGCAUACCAAGCGCUGAAGGAGAAGAUUACAAAGGAGAUGAACUACAUUCUGUCCAACCAGGACACAGUUCUGGCUCAGAUUACCCAGCUGGAGAGUUCCAUCACUCAGACUGAGGUAAACAGCGUGUCAGCCAGAGAGCAGCUGGCUCAGAGCAUCAGGGAUCUGACGGCUGCUCUCGCAGAGCGUCACGCUUCGCUCACUCAAGCCCUGGAGGGGGCGCGACAGAAACGAGGCGAGGCAUUGGCUGCUCAAGUGGCGGAGAGACGGGGCUUAUUAGAGCACGCUGGGCUCAUGGCGUUUACCCAGGAACUGCUAAAAGAAACAGACCAGCCCUGCUUUGUGCAGGCUUCCCGACAGACUCAUAACAGGUUGAGUAAAGCAAUUGAGAAUCUCCAGCAUUUCACACUAGCAGCCGAUCCAUCCUUCAGGCACUUCCAGCUGGAUGUCUCCAAAGAACUCAAACUCCUGACAGAGUUGAACUUCAUCCAGGUGCCCUUGGCUCCAGUGAUUGAUACCCAGCGUAGCCUGGCCUACGACCAGCUUUUCUUGUGCUGGCGACUCCCCCCAGAGUCUGCACCCUCCUGGCACUUUUCUGUAGAGUAUCGCCGUCGAGGAGUGGUACCAGGAGGAGCGUCCAGAAGCGGAAUCAGAGGAGGAUUGGCCGCUGCACGCUGGGGCUGGCAGCGAUUGGAUGAAGUGAGUGGAAGCAGUGCUGUGAUUGACAGGUUGGAGAUGGACAGCGUGUAUGUGCUGCGGGUAAGAGGCUGCAACAAGGCGGGCUAUGGAGAAUACAGCGAGGAGGUGUACCUGCACACUCCGCCUGCACCAGUGCUUAACUUCUACCUGGACUCUCGCUGGGGUCUCCAUGCUGACAGGCUGGUGGUCAGCAAAGAGCAGCGCUGUGCCCGCAGUGUCCCUGGUCUCUCUCUGCUGCAGGCUGCUGACCACGCCCUCACUUCCUGUCACCUGACUUCUGACCUCCUUGUAGGUGAUGUAGCCAUUACACAGGGACGGCACUAUUGGGCAUGCUCAGUGGAGCCUGGGUCUUACCUUGUGAAGGUGGGAGUGGGCCUGGAGUCAAAACUGCAGGAGUGGUUUCACCUUCCGCAAGACAUGGCCAGUCCCCGCUACGACCCAGACAGUGGCCAUGACAGCGGGGCGGAGGAUGCCCUGGAUUGUGCUCCACCCUUCUGCUUCCUGACUAUGGGGAUGGGCAAACUCUACCUACCACAGCACAGCUACCACCAUCAACAACGGGACCCCAUCACCAACGGCAACAGCCCGUCAUCACCCACGGGCCUCACCUACCCGCUGCCGCCCCGGCUCGGUGUGUGCCUUGACUUUGAGAAGGGACGCGUUACGUUCUACGAUGCCCACUCUCUGCGGCCUCUGUGGGAAGGCCAUGUGGAUUGCUCCGGCCCCGUGUGCCCGGCUUUCUGUUUCAUUGGUGGAGGAGCCCUGCAGCUGCAGGAGCUGGUAGCCAAUCGCAAUGCAGAUCAGACUCCGGUCAGACGGGUGACCAUCCAGCCCAGAGUUUCCAAUUUAAAUAAUAACUGACGGCUGAUCUGAGGUCAGUAAUUCGGAAUGCAUUUGGUAAUUGUGAAGUAUUUACGAAGCUAGAGCAAAAAGUUAGACAUCUCAGCGAUUUUGGUUUGUAUUUAAUUUUCUUGUACAAGAAAAUGUUUCUAUAGCAACAAAUAUGCAAUGUAAUUAUGUUUCUUACAUUUUUGUUACAUGCAGUUUUGCAAGAAUUACUGCUUAAGUAGUGUCUGGUCUAUCCAGCACCUAAUAUGUAAUGAUAUCUUUGAUGCUUGCACUUGUAGCCAGACUAUACUGCAUACAUUUAUAAAGCUAAUGUAUACACAGCUUCACACAAUGCUGUCUUUCAUGUAGAUGCUUUUAUUCUAUCAUUUCAUGUCCUUAAUGUUCCUCUUUUGUUUCAGAGAUAUGAACCUUAUGUGAAUACAAAAGAGCUUUUAUUGCAUCUAUAACUAAAUCUGUGUUUAACCAUGGCUAAUGCUAGUCAUUCAGCCAUUAUGAUCCCAACCAAAGUGAUUGUUUUUCUGGGAUGUAAAUGUGGUAAAUUAGAGGUAGAGAGGAACAAUGAGGCAAUACUGUAAUUAGAGGCUCCAAUUAUACCUCUGCUGCACAGCUAAUCACUAGUUUCCACACUCCUGUUUGUGCAUCACUGUUUUGUAUUUCAAAUAGUCUGAUGUCUAUGUGUGUGUGCGUGAGUGUGUGUGCGCAUUUGGGUGUUUAAUUCCCUGUGUGCAUGGGGGCGUGUGGCUUGACUGAUAACGCCACCGACUGGCAGAUAGUGAAAAGUUGUUUUCUCGCAAACAAUACUUUUGAUUUAUUUAUUUUUUAACCUUGCUUGAUUGUAAGUUAAUUAGCAGCGCUUCUUAUGAAAAGAAUAGAAGAUUAACGUGUAAACUUCAUCUGCUGACAGAAUGUUUGCAAAAAGAAAAAUGGAUUAAGGAA